GCUACUUAACUUUGCCUCAAAACACAACUAUUAUCCCCACACAAUUGUAGAUCUACUAGUUUUUCUUCAUCAGUUUGUUCAAGAUAGUUUAUUGUAGGGUUAAGAAUGGGAACUCAGAUACUUGAACUUCCUUCAACAAUGAAUUUCAUUUGGAAGAUCCACAACUUUUCUAUGUUGAACAACAAAGUUUACCACUAUUCUGAUGUUUUCAGUGCUGGCGGUGCUAAAUGGAAGGCAAGGAUUUAUCCCAAGGGAUGUGAGGAAGUGUUUCAUCACUUAUCAAUUUAUCUUUACCGUGUGGACUCGGCCAGUUUUCCAGUGAAUGUGGCAUACAGUUUUGCUAUUACUGAUCAAACUAAUCCCGCUAACACGAAGACAGUUGCGGGUGAAAAACAAUUUGUUUCAGGUACUAGAGAAGGAGCAUGGGGUUAUCCUAAAUUUUUCCCUCUUAGUAAACUGCAUGAUUCCAAGAAGGGAUAUCUUGUAAAUGAUAUUUGCGAGAUUAAAAUUGAGAUAACUCGUAAAAUCCCUGCAAAUGCCAAGAAGCCUGUUAAUGUUAAAGGAAAAGGAAAGCAGUUGCCGCAGGCCAAAUCCGUUGUCAAGUCCAAUUCCGGGUAUUCAAUCUUCACUUGGUUUGGUGUUCGUGUUCAAAAGGAUUAACCAUUCCUAGAUCUAAAGUUUAGAUUAUAUACACCUAAUCAAUGGUCUACAUUUGGACUAACAAAAAUGGUUUGCGUCUAGCAAGGUCUGUUACUUAAAAGUUCUCUGAUUUAAAUUAAGAUGUAGUUGCUUUAAUUUGGUAUUUACAGUUUACUUAUCUAUGAAGUUAGAAAUGUUACAAGGAAACUCAGAAAAGGAAGUAUGAGAGUUAUGCAGUUGAUCUAUGAUGCAGUUUGGUCUAAUUUGUGGCUUUCCCGGUCUCUAUUAGUUUUUGAAACUUCUUCUGUUCUCAAAUGCUAGUAUUAAUGUAAGUAGUUGGAUAUGUUCAAGUAUUCAGGUCUUAUAAAUAUGCAAUUUCUUUCUUGAGUAUUCGCAACAAAGAAAGUAUCCAGGCAAAAUUACAUAACAAAGAAAAUUCAUGUCAUGUGUGAUUAUUCACAAGAAUUUGGAAAUCUAUACAAAACGGGGUGGAGGAUAGAUAUAUGAUCUUAAGUA